AUGGCGGCGGCGGCAGCGGCCCGCGGGGCUCGGGCCGGGCAGGACGGGGGACGGCCUGGCGGCUCCUACAUCGCUUCCCGGCCGAGGCGCGGCGGCGGCGGCGGCACUGCUCCCCAGGCCCGCAGCCCCGCCCUCGCCGCGUCACUUCCAGCGGCGCCGCCCGCCUGCCCGGCCGGGUCGGGGCGGGCGAGGAACGAGGAGCGCCAGGCCCCGGGCGGCGCGCGAUCAGGCCUCCGCCGCCCGCCCGGGGGCCGCGUGGUUCCCCCGCCUCCAGGGGGUUCCCUGGGCCCGGCGACGCGCGGCCGCCUGGGGCGCCGCGGUCCACCCGCACCUCGGCGUGUUUGUGCUUCCGCUCAGCGAUCGCCUGCUCGGGUGAUAUUCAUCUUUAACUCGCUUCCCAGACUAGAUCGCAAACACGCGGUGGGCAAAGCAGACACAAAGAGUGGAGACCCCAAGAGCCGCCAAAAAGUCACCCUCGGGACUAGACCCCCGGGCAGGGCUCUCUGGGGGGCGCGGGAGGCAAAGUGGAACGGGAAAGGAGCUUUGGGCCGAUGGAAAUGGUUCAAGUCUUUAUCAGGGCCGAGCUUAUGCGCAGGACAGAUCAGGUCAGUUCUACGACCUGGGACAAUGUCCUGGUUUGGUGGCCUUGGCUUAACCUUAGGCCAUUCCCUGGGGCAAGUGGGUGGUACUGUGGCCUCUUUAACAGACUAUGUUUCUAGUUUCACAAAAGAUGUGCUGAGGAAGGGAGCUGAAAAGGUGGAAGAACUCCCUGACUCUGCAAGACAGGAGGUUGUGGACUUUGAAUCAAUCUUAAAAUCAGAGAUUGAGAGGCUUCGAAUUCUUUGUAGUGAUCUAGAAGAGAAGUAUGAAGCAUCAGAGCUUCAGCUGAAGCUGCAAACCGCUAGCUACAGACAUCAGUUACACCAGAAAGACAUAGAAAUCAAACUUCUGACAGCAAGACAGGCAGCAAUGAAGGAUGAGUUGCUAAAGCUGCAGUCAGUCACCAACUCAGUAAAUCUUCAGGAUAGCUUUCAGCCCUCAACUCCUGCACCCUUUUCACUGGGUUAUGAUGUCUAUCAGCAUGCUUUACCUUUCCAGAAUGAUGAUAUGGACUUCGCUGAUCUAAUUUGGUCACAACAAGAAAUAAAUAGAUUGUCAAAUGAAGUUUUAAGACUUGAGGCUGACGUCAGCCAUUGGAGACAUUUUGCUCAAACUUCCACAGCACAGGGAGCGGAUAGUUUUAAUCUAAAGGAAAUCUAUAAACUGCAAAAUACUAUCAAGGAACUUGAAGAGAAUCGAAAUAAGGAAAUCGAUGACCAUCAACUUGAAAUGGCAGUACUGCAGGAAAUUCAUCAGCAGAAACUGGCAGAAAUAAGUGGCAGGCAUCGAAAACAAUUAAAGGACUAUGAGGAGAUGAUUCAUGAUAUGCAAAAAGCUACUCAAGUUCUAGCUGCUGAAAAAGUAGCAUCUACCAAGAAAAUCAAAGGACUUGAGAUUAGAGUAAAAUACCUUAAAAAAAAAUUAUCUUCUGUAGAAAAGGAAAUGGAUGCUCUAGUUAGAGAUCAAGACCAGGUAAAUGAAACAAAUAAAAGAUUUAAAAGAGGUGAGUUGAAGCCUUCUAUUAAGAAGCAUAGUGACGCUGUGACAGAAAAUGAAAAAGUUCUUCCACAGAGAACAUCCCUGGAAGAAGCAUCCAGACAACAACAGCCACUGUCUGACGCUGAAAAUGAAAUGAUGAGAUUAAGUAGUUUGAAGCAGAAUAAAAAUCUCAUUGAAGAGAACCUGAAACUUCAAAAACGAGCCCAAGUUUUGGAAAAAGAAAAUUCAUUAUUAAAUAGAGAAAAGGAAGAACUUCAACUAUCACUUGUCAAAUUGAGCAAUGAAUAUGAACCCAUUAAAAGCUCAACUAUAGGACACAUGAACUUGGAUUCAGAAGUACAUCAUUUAAGAUAUGACUUGGAAAUCAAAGAAGGAAAACUCAAUGAGAACACUACUGAAAAGAAAUUACUGAUCCCUGAGUUAGGAGAGCUGGACAGGCAGAAACAAAAAAUGACAAUGUGUGUGGUUUUGAUGAAAGACCAAAAAAAUGAAGGAGACAGCAUCAUCAAUAAACUAAAACAAGAUCUAAAACGUAAAAAAAAGAGAGUUUGUCAACUUGAAGGUGAUAAAAUGAACAUUACUAAAGAGUUGGAUGGGCAAAAAGAAAAGUUAAUUCAUUUAAAAAUGCAAAAAGGACAGUUAGAAGCAGAAUUGUGUCAGGCAGAACAGAGGCUAUUGGAAGAAAGGAGGAAGUCUGAGCAAGCUAUUAAAGAACCGUCAAGUACAGAGAACGCAGACAGCUCUGCCUAAUAGCUGGAGUGUGAGGGUUUGGUUAAACUCAGUCAAGAGAGACUGUUGAGCAGAUGAUUGCUGACCACAAAGAAACCGAAGAAAUUUUGUCAUCUAGUUUAGAAGAGCAGAAGCAGUUGAAACAAUAUAAGGGAGAAAGCCAUUUUUAUUGAAAAACUUCAAGGAGGUUCACAGCUUCAGGAGGAGUUAAAUCAGUGUACUCAAGCCUUAAGAAAAAUGGAAAAUUUACAGUAAACCAUAAAAAGCCAAAAGUCUUGCAUCCGUGAGAGAAGAAAAUAAUCAUCUGAAAGAAAAAUUGGAAUGACUGAGGGAAGAACACAGUCAAACCACAACAAUGAUUAACCCUAAAACUGUUCCAGAAAUAGAAUCUGAGGACUCUGCAUAGAGCACAGUUGAAGAUAAUCUUGAAAUUAAAUCUCAUCAAAAGAAAUAGAAAGAUCUCAGAUACCAAUGCAAGCAAAUGAAUAUUAAGCACAAUUAGCUCUUUUCGGCCCAAGGGGAGGAAAUCAGGAAUUUGCAAAAUGCAACAGAACAAAUCAAAACCGAGUUGCCUGA